ACAGGCCCCGUGGUUGACAGGCCUGUAAGGACCGUGGUGCUGGGAAAUUGGAGUGCCUUGGGUUCCUUUAUGCUGCAUGUUCAGGGGCAGCCCUAAGCAAUUUUACUGCUGCCUUAAAUGAGAAGAAAAAUGACCUAAGCGCCAUCCAGCCUUUGUGGCCAAGGGCGGGAGCAGGGGUGGGGCUGCCAGGAGGAUGGCUUUGCCUGGAAGCUUAUGGAGGCAGCCUGCAAGCAGAGGCCUUGUGUCCCAUUGCACCCACCAUCAUAUUGUUGUCUUCCUGCUGACCUUCUUCAGUUAUUCCCUGCUCCAUGCUUCCAGGAAGACUUUCAGUAAUGUCAAAGUCAGCAUUUCCAGCCAAUGGACUCCCUCCUGCCUAAACAGCACGGCCCCUGAGCUCCGGCCAUAUGAGCUCUGGAAUAGCAGUCAUUUAUUUCCAAAUGCAGAAGAAGCAACUCUCUUCUUGGGAACAUUGGACACUAUCUUUUUGUUUUCCUAUGCUAUGGGUCUCUUUGUCAGUGGCAUAGUUGGGGAUCGCCUGAAUUUACGCUGGGUUUUGUCUUUUGGCAUGUGUUCCUCUGCUCUGGUGGUAUUCUUCUUUGGCACACUCACAGAAUGGUUGCAUUUCUACAACAAGUGGUUCUACUGCUGUCUCUGGGUUGUGAAUGGCUUGCUGCAGUCUACUGGUUGGCCCUGUGUGGUUGCUGUCAUGGGCAAUUGGUUUGGAAAAGCUGGGAGAGGUUUUGUGUUUGGACUCUGGAGUGCCUGUGCAUCUGUGGGAAAUAUCCUUGGGGCAUUCCUUGCCUCCUGUGUUCUCAAAUAUGGCUAUGAGUAUGCUUUCUUGGUGACUGCCUCAGUACAGUUUGCUGGAGGAGUCAUUGUCUUCUUCGGGCUCCUGACAUCACCAAAGGAAGUGGGGCUCCCUGAGCUUGGAGCAGAUGAAGAUGGCAGUGUGGAAGAAGAUGCCAACAGACCUUUAAUGGGCAAUGAUGAUGCAGAUGAUGAUGACCGGAAUUACUCUAUUCAAGCAACUGACACUGAUGACCAGCCAAAGGCUAUUGGCUUUUUCCAGGCUUGUUGCCUUCCGGGUGUAGUACUGUACUCUUUGGCCUAUGCCUGCUUGAAACUGGUGAAUUACUCAUUCUUCUUCUGGCUGCCUUUCUACCUCAGCAACAACUUUGGAUGGAAAGAAGCAGAAGCUGACCAGCUGUCUAUCUGGUAUGAUGUGGGAGGAAUCAUAGGUGGGACUAUCCAGGGCUUGAUUUCUGAUGUGCUGCAGAAGAGAGCCCCAGUGCUAGCAAUUAGCCUGCUCUUUGCUGUGGGCUCUCUCUUUGCAUACAGCCGUUCUCCAAACAGCAAACCUAUCAAUGCUGUGAUCAUGGCAAUUACAGGAUUUUUCAUCGGAGGCCCUUCUAACAUGAUCAGUUCUGCAAUUUCUGCGGAUCUGGGGCGCCAGGAUCUGGUGAAAGGCAGCAGUGAGGCUCUGGCAACAGUCACGGGAAUUGUGGAUGGAACUGGCAGUAUUGGUGCUGCAGUGGGCCAGUAUCUAGUGUCUUUGAUCCAGGAGAACCUGGGAUGGAUGUGGGUUUUCUAUUUCUUUAUUCUAAUGACCAGUUCAACAGUCCUGUUCAUUUCACCAUUAAUAGUGAGGGAGAUCAGAUUGCUUCUGCAUGAGCGGCACCUGCGAAUGCUGGCUGAGUGACUUCUGCUUGCCUCUGGAAGAACCGUUGUACAGACCUGACAGCCAGGAACUGAGCAAAACUCUGGGAGACAUGCUUCUUGCGUCCUCCAGGUUUGGACUAAUUCAAAAUGGCUCUGCAAGACGAUUGACCUGCCUUUGCGAGCUCAAUAGUGACGUACCAAAUACCCGUCCUGAGACCACCCACAUCACGGAGCUGCUGACCCACACUAGACAAUCCACGGGACUGGCAGAUGGUCCUGGCCCACCAGGCUCUUCCGUGUCAGCAGCCACGCUAGGGUCUUCUGUUGGGUGGUCUCACUGCUAUACCCUUUCUUAUUUAUUUCUGGACGUCCUGUCCAGAGGUCGACUGUUUAAAACUUAUGGCGGAGAGGCUGUCUUGCAGUGAAUUUUGAUGCUCCAUUGUGCCGGUGAAAUCAUACAGUGCAUUUCAUGGGUCAUCUAAAUUUACGACCGCUUUAGCUUUUAGAAAGGGCCAAAAUAAUUACUUGAAAUUUGCGCUGUCCGGUUGUUUAAAAAAAUGCUGUUGCUAAAUCUCUGCACAGACAGACCUCU